AACUCUCAUUUUACUAAUGUUUUUGUAACCUUUAUAUUUUUAAUGAUAAUUUAAACAAUAGAUAUCAUUGCACACUUUGGAUAAUCUUGUUAUUAUUCGUAUAAGUGCAUGUUAAAUACAUUAAUUCAUAAUUCAUAGGGUACAAUGUGCUAGUGGUUAGAUAAUUGCGGAUUAUGGCUGGUUUUGGUGAUUUCAGUGGUUAUCAUCGCCCUCAUGCAUUGGAUCCUAAUAGAGAAACAAACGACCUGUAUGAUACUCGUUAUCAGCAAAUAUAUGGAUAUCACACCCCUUUAACUGAGGAAUAUCAAGGUCCACCAUUGGUUAUGGAUGAAGUCCCAGAAGAAGAAAGCAAUGGAUAUGUAACCACAGCAAUAAGCGUGGCCAGUCUAAUUACGGAAAAUCUGUUGAGCCAUCCAUUCAUUGUGUUGAGACGUCAAUGUCAGGUUCACAACAGUUUAAGGAACUACCACAUAGUGCCAUAUACACUGUUGCCCGUUGUUGUAAGAUUACAUAGAAGACAAGACUUUACCACACUUUGGAAGGGAAUAGGCUCCACUUGUAUUGUGAAGGGACUUAACUUGGCAGUGGAGGAUGUUAUGUCUAAAGGGACAGGUUGGCCAAAAGAAAUUGGAAAGUGUAGCUCAGUCCUACAAUUUCUUCAACAUUUAACAUUAAAAUGUUUUAGCAUAGCUAUUGUUACUCCAUUCUACUCGGCAAGUCUUGUUGAAACAGUACAAAGUGACAUAGCUAGCGAUAAGCCAGCUAUAUUGGAUGUCUUUAGAGAAGGAUUUGUACGCAUCUUGGAAUGGGGAACUCCAAGCAGAGGUAGAAUGUUGCCCAUAUGGGCCAUUGUGCUACCCACUGCUGCACUUGGAAUAACAAAAUAUUUUGCCCACAUGUUAUUAAGAAAAAUAACAGUAAAAGUCCUCAGAUUCCAGCAGAGGCAUAGACAUGAGUUGAGUGAUUCAUACAAUAUUAAUCAUACAAAAAAUGAACAAAAUCCUCUCAUUGAAGAUAUGAAUUUAAAAGCGAAUAUAUUUGCCUUUAUAACUAUGGAAAUUAUAUUUUAUCCUAUUGAGACAAUCAUCCAUAGACUUCAUAUACAGGGAACAAGAACAAUCAUUGACAACUUAGACACAGGAACAUCAGUGACCCCAAUAUUAACAGGAUAUGAGGGAUUCAUGGAUUGCUACAACACAACCAUUGCUAGAGAGGGUAUAGGGGGUCUCUACAAAGGUUUUGGUGCACUUGUGUUACAGCUUGCAGCUCAUCUGGCUAUUAUAAAACUAACAACACUAGUUGUAUCAGAGAUGUCAAAUCUUUUGAAACCAGCUAUUACGCCAACAAAUUCAGAGGACUCUGCUCCCACACAACAGAAAUAUAUAUUUAACUGAUUUUAGUAAAAUUAGUGAAGGUGAUUAUUUAUUGAUUCAUAAUAUCAUUUGAGCACACAGGCAUGCCUUUAUUAGCUUGUGUUGAUUAAAGACAUUUUUUUUUUACGUUGGCUGCUAAUUAUUCAGUGUCUGUGAUAUUUACACAAAACUAUUGUAAACAAGAGCAUUUAAAUUAAAGUUUUAUAAAAAGUGAUAACAUUGUUGUAGAAUGACAGCUAUAAUAAAGCUGUGUUCAUUGCUUGCUUCAAUCUGAUGGCUGAAACUAUUGGCUUGAAUAUCAAAUUUGUAAUUGCAAUAAUACUAAAUGAUAAUGCCAAUAAUAAAUGAUAUAAUUUCCAUGUGCCAUAAGUUCAAUCACCUAGAGCCUAUCAUAAAAAUAUGUUGUAAUUAACAUCUCUAAAUAUUAAAUAGCUUCUUGUCUUCCCCAUGCUUGUGUACUUAAAUGACAUGAAAUCUUGUGUGAGAUAUCUGCUAGUUUAAAAACAAUGUAAUAUUGAUUACAGUCAGAUUAGUUGAUUAAAGCUUUGGUAAGAAAUUAUUAUGUAAUUUAUUAUUGAGAAUUUUAAAUGCUAAAGAAAAGGUUUUCAGUAGUAAACUUAUAAUUUUUGUACAUUAUUGCUUAGAUUUAAGGAAAGCGAUUAAGUUGAAAUAAAACUCAAGUUUACUGAA